CGCGAGAAGCCUUUCAAGUUCGAGCUUUGUGGUGUUAAAGAGCGAGAAAAAAAAAAAAAAAAAAUCCGUUCGAGUUCUGUGUUGAAAAUCUGCGGGCGACUCCCCAGUCCUCCCGAGUGCCGAUCGACAGACAGGAGGAUGAUGCACUCCUGAGAACUUGGCAAGUCUCUGGGUUAGUAACCCUAACAGAAAAUGGCUGGCAAUGGCCGACGAAGCGCUCGAAGCAGAAUCAAGUUCUCCCCGGACGUCGACGGGGAUCGCGCCAAGCCCAACCCUAAAUUCCUCAAGCACCGAAACCGAAAUCGCACUCUCAUUCCCAUCCCAAAAUUUGAUCUCAAAGCUCUUCUAGUGCUUACUGUUGUCUCUUUCUUCAUUGUCCUGUUUCUGAUUCAACAUUUCGUAAAGCCGGUCGAAGAGUCUCAGAAACACAGGGUGGUCACCCCCUUUCCUGCUCCAAAAAUCAUGGAUCUCCCCCAGUUUCAAGGCGAGCAUAAGGAGAGCUUGUACUGGGGAACCUAUCGCCCUCACGUUUAUCUUGGAAUCCGCGCCAGGACUCCGCAGUCUCUGGUUGCUGGACUAAUGUGGAUUGGUGUAAAGGAUAGAAGAUAUUCCAUGCGACAUAUUUGCCAAGAUUCAGAUGAGUUGAAGACAUAUGGUUGGACUCGACAUAAUGGACGAGAUUAUGGACAUCAAACGCUACUUGACCAAGAUAUGAUGUUGAUGACAAGUUUUUUAAAGUCCAAAGAGGCUGGCAGUGGCUAUGGUGGGGACUGGGCAGUUCGAAUUGAUGUGCAAAGUGAGAAACCUGGCGAGGACAUGCUGGAGACUGUUCACCUUUUCUUUUAUCUAGCUGAUGAAGCUGGUAAUGCUUUAAGUUUGAGUAGAGAUCUCCUGGAUAUUCGUGAGGAUUCGCUCCUGGCUUUUGGAUUGCGAACAGAUGUUGGCAGUUGGAAUCUUCAUCUAGAAUCUAAGGAUGAUUUAGAAGUCCACUAUUCUGGCUUCAAUACACCUCAUAUUCACAAUUUAUCAGACCUUGUCAUGCAAAAUCUUGGAAUUCAGGCGAGGAAGUUUGGUCUUUUGCAGCUCUCAGAUACUUCUGAUGAUUCUUCCAACAUUUUGGUAUUUCAGAUUUCAGGUAGGGCUCCUUUUAGAACAGAUAUAGCAUUUAUAUCUGGAACUGAAUUAGAAAAUUCAAGACCUAAAGAACGCCUCAGCAGCCUUACAGGCACCUUGCUGACUAGUCAACUAAAUGAGAAGGAAAAAGAAUUUGAGGAGAAAUUCAAAAAUACCUUCAAUCUUUCAGAGCUUGAUCCUGAAUCUAUCUCCACUGGUAAAGCUGCCAUUGGGAAUUUGUUAGGUGGUAUUGGCUAUUUUUAUGGCCAGUCAAGGAUCUCACUCCCAAGGAACUCUAACCUCAAAAGUGGGGAAAGCUACAUUUUAUAUUGGCCAGCAGAACUUUAUACAGCUGUACCUAGCAGACCAUUCUUUCCAAGAGGAUUUUUGUGGGAUGAAGGUUUUCAUCAACUAUUGAUCUGGCGGUGGGAUAUAUAUAUUUCCUUGGAUAUUAUGGGACAUUGGUUAGAUUUAAUGAAUAUUGAUGGGUGGAUUCCACGUGAGCAAAUUUUGGGUGCAGAAGCUCUAAGUAAGGUUCCUGAGGAAUUUGUUGUUCAACAUCCAACAAAUGGCAAUCCACCAACUCUGUUUUUGGUCUUGCGUGAUUUGGUUUGUGCUACAAAAAGAAACAAGUUUACAGCGACAGAGAGGGAUCAGAUUUCUUCCUUCUUAGAUCUGGCAUUCAUUCGCCUUGAAGCAUGGUUUCAGUGGUUUAAUACCACACAAUCAGGCAAGGAUAUGGGCAGCUACUUUUGGCAUGGAAGAGACAAUUCAACUACACGUGAAUUAAAUCCUAAGGCACUGAGCUCUGGGUUGGAUGAUUACCCACGUGCCUCACACCCAAGUGAAGAGGAACGACACUUGGAUCUUAGGUGUUGGAUGCUUCUUGCAGCAGAUUGCAUGUAUUCCAUCUCAAAGCUUCUUGGGAAGGAAAGGGAACUGGGGAAGGAGUAUGGUUCAACAGCUAAGCUACUCUCAGAUUUUGGAAUUCUAAAUCAGAUGCACUUUGAUGAUUCUUAUGGGGCUUAUUUUGAUUUUGGAAAUCACACAGAAAAGGUUCAAUUGAGUUGGAGAGAAGUAAUUGGAAACAACCAUCAUGCUAGUCGAGAGCUAGUCCAGGAAGUUUUAGAACAGCCGAAGUUGAGGUUUGUUCCUCAUGUUGGCUAUGUCAGCCUUUUCCCAUUUGUGGGGAGGAUUAUUCCACCUGACUCAUCGAUCUUAGAACAGCAGCUCAAUCUCAUUUCAAACCGGUCCAUUUUAUGGACUGACUAUGGGCUACGGUCUCUUUCAAAAACAAGCUCAAUGUACAUGAAACGCAACACAGAGCACGAUCCACCUUAUUGGAGAGGACCAAUUUGGAUGAACAUGAAUUACCUGAUUUUAUCCUCUCUUCAUCACUACUCUAAAGAGAAUGGACCAUAUAGGGACAGAGCCAGGACCAUUUAUCAUGAGUUGAGGAGCAAUGUGAUUAGAAACGUUGUUCGAAAUUACCAGCAGACAGGUUAUUUCUGGGAACAAUUUGAUCAGAAGAAAGGGAAGGGAAAAGGCGCACGCGUGUUUACUGGCUGGACGUCACUUGUGUUAUUGAUCAUGGCGGAAGCAUAUGGCGACUAGAUCAGAAAGGGAAAUGAGUAGAUCUCAGCUAAAUUAUGGGUCCUAGUUUUAUUGUCAUACAUUGCCCCUUUUGUAUGCUUCUUGUUUGGGAUAGAACUUUUUAAGUAUUAGAGGGAAGAAGACGAUUACUGCGACUUGGAUUUUAUUAACUUUAUUUAUCAACAAAGGAAAGAAUCCCACAACAAAUAAGCCUCCUAGUUCUGUAUAGCUUUUUUAGUGUCAAAAUUUACUUCUGAUGCCAGUUAAACUGAA